UUCAAAGAACUGGCUGCCGACCUCUCACGUGCAGUCGAUCAGCCGCCAGUGAACGCGCCAGGUACCCACCAGGGUUCGCGUAUCCCGUACCCAUCGAUAUUCACGACGACCCCACAAGCUCGCAUCACCUCCCGACAUCACUCCAUCACAACCACCAUGUCGGUUCCCGGCCUUCUCCCAGGUCUGCAGCAACACUCCGAGGUCGCCGAACCGCCGACCGAGACCCAACACGAGCUCCAAGCGAAUCGCGAAUGGCGCUUCGAAGUAUCUCCCGGUAGCAGCAUCGAUGUUAAGCUCCUCCGCGGCACCGCAGAGAUCUUCGGAACUGAGCUACCUGUCGGCCACAAGUUCACAUUCACCAGCAUGAAGGCAGCGGUCUUCACUUGGAACGGAUGUACCAUCGAGGUUUCGGGCACGCCGAGCGUCGAGUACACGUCCGAUGAGACUCCGAUGAACGCUUAUGCCAAUACGCACUUCGCGCUGGAGAGGGCCCGUGGUGCUGCGUCGGAGUCACCGGUAGCCCAGGGACCGAGGGUCAUGAUCAUUGGGCCGCAGGAUGCAGGCAAAACUUCGCUACUGAAGAUGUUGACGGGGUAUGCAGUGCGGCAGGGUCGGAGGCCUGUGGUGGUCAAUUUAGACCCCAAGGAGGGCAUGCUCUCGCUUCCUGGCACGCUCACGGCAACGAGUUUCUCGACCAUCAUGGAUGUCGAGGAAGGGUUCGGAACCAGUCCUACCAGUGGCCCCAGUCCAGUCCCCGCGAAGCUACCACUGGUGUACUAUUACGGUCUCGAGAACCCCGACGCCAACCAGAGGCUGUACAAAUCCCUCGCAUCGCGGCUGGCCCUCGCCGUGUCGUCGAAGCUCUCGGAGAACGACGCAAACCGCAUCUCCGGAUGCAUCAUCGACACCUCGGGGUUUAUAGCGCAGGCCUCGGGCUACGACAUGGUGCAGCAUAUUGUGGCGGAGUUCCAGGUGGAUACGUUGCUGGUCCUUGGCUCGGAGCGCUUGUACAGCGAUAUGUGCAGACGCUUCCAGGAUCGCCCCAGAAAUCCGGUCGCCGUUGUCAAGCUGCAGAAGUCUGGUGGGUGUGUGGAUCGUGAAGAGGCGUUCAUGAAGCAGGCUAGGGAAACAGCCAUCAGGGAGUACUUCUUCGGCGAGCCGAAGAGGACCUUGUCACCGUACACCAUGACUGUGGGACUGGACGACGUGAAAAUCUGGCGCGUCGGGACCGCGAGCACCCUGGGCGCUGAGCUCCUUCCAGCCGGCGAAGAGCUGAAGCAGCCAUUAUACACGCGCGUCGAAGCGUCAAUACUUAUCCAGCACUCCGUGAUGGCAGUUGUGCAUGCCAACUUGGAUGAUCCAGAAGAGGUUCUGGCCGAGAGCACGGUGAUGGGCUUCGUCUACGUUGCUUCGGUCGAUGAUCAGAAACGCUUUAUGAAGAUCCUCGCUCCUGUCAGUGGACGGUUACCACCCAACCCGCUGAUUGUAUCCUCGUUCCCCGAGCCAACCUUUAGUCUGGUUGGAUAGAGGUACGGCUACAGCAAGCAGAUCAGCCAAUUCACUCAUGAAUAAACAGUGACUGUGAAACAUCUAUUGCCAUUCAUUAUGUCCUUUAAGUUUAUCGUGAAAACAUGUAUGUAAGUAUCUAUAUCCAC